GUAAAGGAGCUACAGGCUCGUGUUUUGGUGACACUUCAUGCUGGAUAUGGUGCUUUUCUACUGGUGUAUCAGGAACCAGUGAGCAAGUUGGGUUUGCUGCUGGGAACCGAUGCAGCUAAUGAUGGAUGA